AUGGCGGCCGCGCUACUGCGAGAGGCGCUUCCGUCGCUGGACGAGCCCAUUGUCACGUACCUCGACCAGUAUGUGCAGGAUGCCGGCGAGGAUGAUACUGUUUCGAUCAUGGACGACGUCGUGCAGCCGAUGCUCGAGUCGGCGGUGCUGAGCGAGCCGGCCUCGUCGAAAGCCCGCAGUGCGCUUCCGGCGCUCCUGGAGAAGCUGAGCGCCUUGGUCGCCGAGCGCGAGCCCGUGCACGAUGCAGAGCGCCGUGGCCUUACGCGUCUGGACAAGGUCAUUGAUAUGCGCGACAGUGCGAUGAGCAGCACGUCGCGGUACGACGCCGGGGCGGGCGGCAUGGACCUUGCGCUCGGCCGCAGCGACCGCAACCGCACUACGGUCGACGUGAAGCGCCUCGAGCGCCAAGAGGCUAAGACGCGCGCAAAGCUCGCGAAGCGCGAGCAGCGCGACCUCUACCAGUCGAGCAAGCUGGUCGAGACGGCGAAAAAGAUGGCGUCGUACGAGGAAAUGUACCUCAAAGUGAACCCCCUCGAGUCGAUCAGCACCGGCGCGGCAAAGGGCAAGAACAAAGAUAUCCACCUGCCGAAUAUCGACGUGUCGUUCGGCAGCAACCGUAUUCUGAGCAACGCCGAGCUUACCAUGGCCUAUGGCCGCCGCUACGGCUUGGUCGGACGCAACGGUGUGGGUAAGAGUACGCUCCUGCGCCACAUGGCGAUGCGCGACGUGCCGAUCCCGACCAACAUCUCGCUCCUGUACGUCGAACAGGAGAUUACGGGUGACGAGACGUCGGCCGUCGACGCGGUGCUCAAGGCCGAUGUCUGGCGUGAGCGCCUCUUGGAGGAGGAGGGGCGCCUGAAUACCGAGCUGCAGGCCCUCGAAGAUGCCGCGCAGGCCGCCAAGGAGGCGGCGCACGAGGCGAGCCAGGACAACAAUGCGCUCUCGCGCGGCUCGGCCGUCGACCUGCCGACGCGGCAGCGUGAGCACCAGCGCGACGAGCUGUCGGCGCGCCUCGGCGACGUCCAGGCGAAGCUCAUCGAGAUGGAGGCCGAGACCGGCCCCAGCCGUGCUGCCGCGCUCCUCAACGGUCUCGGUAUUGUCGGCGCGGAUCAGCAAAAGCCGACCAAGCACUUCAGUGGUGGUUGGCGCAUGCGUCUUGCGCUGGCGCGUGCGCUCUUCUGCCAGCCCGACCUUUUGAUGCUCGACGAGCCGUCGAAUAUGCUUGACUUGAACGCGAUUGCGUGGCUCGAGGACUACCUCGUGAACGAGUGGAAGGGCACGCUGCUUGUCGUGUCGCACGACCGCGCCUUUCUCAACCAGGUGGCGACGGAUAUUGUGCACAUGCACUCGGAGCGCCUCGACUACUACAAGGGUGACUUUGACCAAUUCUACGAGACGCGCGACGAGCGCCGCAAGAACCAGAUGCGCGAGUACGAAGCGAACCAGCAGAAGCGCGCGCACCUCCAGGCCUUUAUCGACCGCUGGCGCUACAAUGCGAACCGCGCCGCGCAGGCGCAGAGCCGUAUCAAGGAGCUCGAGCGCCUGCCCGAGCUCGAGCCGCCAGAGAAGGAGGUCGGCGAGCACUUUACGCUCCCCGAGACCGACAAGAUCAGUCCUCCGCUGCUGCAGCUCGACAAUGUCACCUUUGGCUACUCGCGCGACCGCAUCCUCCUGCGCAACAUCAACUUUGACGUCACGAUGGAUAGCCGCAUCGCGCUCGUUGGCAGCAACGGUGCAGGCAAGUCGACGCUGAUGAAGCUGCUCAUCAACCAGAUCAACCCGAUCGAAGGUGAUGCGAAGCGCAACUCGCGCCUGCGCAUCGGCUUCUUCUCUCAGCACCACAUCGACCAGCUAGACCUGUCGGUGAACCCUGUGGCAUUCCUCGCGGCGCGCUUCCCGGGCCGCACGGAGCAGGAGUACCGCCAGCACCUCGGCUCGUUUGGCAUCACCGGCACGACGGGCCUGCAAAAGAUUGCGACGCUCAGUGGUGGUCAAAAGAGCCGCGUCGCGUUUGCGCAGCUGAGUCUCAUGAAGCCGCACGUUUUGCUGCUCGACGAGCCGACCAACCACUUGGAUAUCGAGGCGCUCGACGCGCUCAUCGACGCCAUCAACCGCUGGAACGGCGGCGUGAUUGUAAUCAGUCACGACGAGCGCUUCAUCAACAGCUGCCUGAAGGAAAUGUGGGUGUGCGAGAACGGCACCGUGUACAAGUUCAACGGCAGCGUGUCCGAGUACAAGCGCGUGAUUGUCGAGACGAACAAGCGCAAGCUCGAGGAGGCGAUGCGCAAUGCUUAG